CACCAAUAUUAUCACAUCACAAUUAAUUAGGUUAAUUGAUUAUUAAAUUUUUCUGAUUUAAAAGGAGUUUAUAACUUGCAGGAGCUUUUCCUUGGAGGCACGGACACAUCGAAGCAAACAAUACAGUGGACAAUGGCAGAAAUCAUUAACAACCCUAGCACUAUGGAGAGAAUAAGAGAAGAAAUCGAUUCCGUCGUAGGGAAAUCAAGGUUGAUUCAGGAAACAGACCUACCAAACCUGCCUUAUUUGCAAGCGGUGGUCAAAGAAGGCUUAAGAAUGUACCCGCCAAUUCCUGUCUUCGGAAGGAGGCUCCAAGAAGGAUGUGUGAUGGGAGGGUUCUAUGUCCCCGAGAAGACAACACUUGUAGUUAAUGGUUAUGCUGUCAUGAGAGAUUCUGAUUACUGGGAAUAUCCUGAUGACUUCAAGCCAGAGAGAUUUCUAUCUUCUUCAAGAUCAGAACAAGAAGAUGCCACAAAGGAGAAAGUACUUAAGUACCUUCCUUUCGGUAGCGGAAGGAGAGGAUGUCCUGGAACAAAUCUAGCUUAUAUCUUACUAGGAACAGCGAUUGGAAUGAUGAUUCAGUGUUUCGAUUGGAAAAUAGAAGGAGACAAGGUCAACAUGGAAGAGACACUUUCGGGAAUGGUCUUGACAAUGGCUCAUCCCCUUAAGUGUACUCCUAUUCCUCGAGGAUUACCUAUAAUCAAAGAUCCUUAGGCUUGUUAAAGUAAUAAAAUGUGUACCAUUUAAAAGUUGUGUGGUUUUUGGCGUGGAGAUUAUAAUAAUAAUAAAAACAUAUACAAAAUAUUUGAUAUAAGUUUAUAUUGAAUAAAUUAUUAUUUUUGA